CAAGAAAAAUAAACCUGCUUUAAAAGAUCGCCGUCAGAAAACCGCGUGGAACCUUCUCCAACCCGGCCUCCUUUUCUCCGUUUUCUGCACUCCUAAUCCCAAUUCUGCUCCGAGAUUGCCGUCUAAAGAACUGGCUCUGUCCCUCCCCCGUCCCCCGGCGCCGCGCCUGGAUUUUGGGUCUCGCCGCCUCCCUCUGGUGGCGGAUCCGCAGACCGCCUCGGCGAAAGAAGCCCUUCGGAGCUGCUUCUGUCUGGUUUGGUCCCUCCUUUGAUCCCCUUUCCUUUCGCUCUUCGACUUCGCCUCGGAUUCCUUUUCUAGGGUUUGUUCUUUCCUGCUUGUCUGAAUUCUGUUUAGCCAUUUUGGUGUCGGAUUUAGUUGUUUGGUUUCCGGUUUUCCUUCCUAUUGACGACUCUAGGGCUUCGAUUCGCGUCUUCUGUUGCUGACGGUGGCAACGCCUUUCCCCAUUGGAAUUGGAGUUUCCGAAAAUAAGGCUUUUUAUAUGGUUGAAUCUUUCUUCCGUGGGUGAAUUCUUCAGAAGAAAAUGUUGGCCUCGUUGGAAUUCUGCAGCGCGGUUCUAUUUCCCUCGCCCUCCUUAUGGUUCUAGGUUUCCUAGGUGCUUAUCGUCUCUGAUCUCUUGCAAAACUGUUCUCUUUUUAGGGUUGUGAUCUUCGAUCCUGAUAAUUUGUGUUCUUUCCGCGAAGAUCCUUGUCAAAGAAUGUUUUCUGUGUCUCGGUGCUUGAACUUUUCCUUUUGUUUGGGAGGAUUCCUUCGUGUGUCCAAGAUCUUAUUCUUUUGAUCGCUCUUGGGCUUUUAUUGCUGCGGAGGUGCAGUAAUUUGCAAUAAAACUAGCUGUACUAUCAGGGGAAGAGGCUCACAUUAAGCGUCAGAUUUCAGUAGGACUUUCGUUGGGCUGAGCCAAUGGGCAUCUCGGAUGCCAUGGGCAGCACGCUGCCACAAGCUCCCAGGCAGUAUGGCAUAACAAAACCAAUCUCAACUGCUGGGCCUACGGAGGCGGAUAUCCAGAGAACGAAGGAACUAGAAAAGUUCUUGAUUGAUUCUGGGCUGUAUGAGAGCAAGGAGGAAGCUGCAAAGAGAGAGGAGAUUUUAAGAGAGAUAGAUAAGAUAGUUAAAAGCUGGGUUAAGCAGUUAACUCGUCAGAGGGGGUACACUGAUCAAAUGGUUGAGGAUGCAAAUGCUGUCGUUUUUACAUUUGGAUCAUAUCGCUUAGGGGUUCAUGGACCUGGGGCUGACAUUGACACUGUGUGUGUCGGGCCUUCAUAUGUUAACCGAGAGGAGGACUUCUUCAUUAUUUUGCAUGGUAUUUUGGCAGAAAUGGAUGAAGUGACUGAGCUUCAACCUGUGCCAGAUGCUCAUGUUCCUGUUAUGAAAUUCAAAUUCCAUGGAAUAUCUAUUGAUCUUCUUUAUGCUAGUGUUUCCCUCUUAAUUGUUCCUCAAGAUUUAGACAUUUCUCAUGGAUCUGUGCUUUACAAUGUUGAUGAAGCAACCAUUCGAAGUCUUAAUGGCUGCAGGGUGGCAGAUCAAAUUCUUCGACUCGUACCUAAUAUUGAGAAUUUCCGCACCAUGCUUAGAUGCUUGAAGUUUUGGGCUAAGAAGCGCGGGGUAUACUCGAACGUUACUGGAUUUCUUGGGGGUGUCAAUUGGGCUUUAUUAGCUGCUCGUGUCUGCCAGCUUUAUCCCAAUGCCGUGCCAAGUAUGCUAGUUUCCCGGUUCUUUAGAGUCUAUACACAGUGGCGCUGGCCAAAUCCUGUGAUGUUAUGUGCCAUUGAGGAGGAUGAACUUGGGUUCCCUGUGUGGGAUCCACGCAAGAACCCUCGUGAUCGAACUCAUCAUAUGCCUAUAAUUACACCUGCAUAUCCAUGCAUGAACUCAAGCUAUAAUGUAUCGACUAGUACCCUCCGUGUUAUGAUGGAACAAUUCCAGAUGGGCAAUAAAAUCUGUGAGGACAUCGAGUUAAACAAGGCCAGCUGGAGUGCUCUGUUUGAACCUUACCUUUUCUUCGAAACAUACAAAAAUUAUCUGCAGGUUGACAUCGUUGCUGCAGAUGCUGAGGAUCUCCGAUUAUGGAAGGGAUGGGUUGAAUCUCGAUUGAGGCAGUUGACUCUGAAGAUUGAGCGGGACACGUAUGGGAUGUUGCAGUGCCAUCCAUACCCCAAUGAGUAUGUAGACCCUUCCAGACAGUGUUCACAUUGUGCCUUCUUCAUGGGGUUGCAAAGGAAACAAGGGGUUAAAAUACAAGAAGGCCAACAAUUUGACAUACGUGGAACAGUUGACGAGUUCAGGAAUUCAGUGAAUAUGUACAUGUUCUGGAAACCGGGAAUGGAAAUAUAUGUUUCUCAUGUUCGGAGGAAGCAGAUUCCUUCUUAUGUCUUUCCAGAUGGUUACAAGCGGCCUCGUCCUUCAAGGCUUGUAAGCCAGCACCAGGUGGAGAGACUUUUUGGUGAAAAUGGAUCUGAGGAAUGUGAAGGUGGAUCUGCAGAGGGACGGCUUAAGAGGAAAAAGGAUGCUAAUGUAAAUGAUGCUAAAUUAGACAAACCGGAGAAACGGGCAUCCCCAAACAGGCAGAAGUCUCCUAUAGCUGAAUCUGUAAGUGGUGGGUUGAUGGAAGCACCUACUGGCAGUACGGUUGUGAAAACCGGAGUUUUUAGACAGAAUCCUGAUAAUGCUUCUUUCAGCAGGCUUGAGAGAAAAAAUGAUGACCAAAUGGAACUGGAUCAGGAAGUGAACAAGGACUUUGUUAGUCCGAGCAGACAGGUGCAGACACUCUCACCUGAUGGCAAUCUUAAUGGUAUUGCCAGAGGUGUUUCAGAGGACAAGCAACCACUAAUGACAGUGGAUGCUGAGGUUAAUUGUUUGAAGGAGGGUUUGGCUGUUGUCGAUAGGACUGCAGAAGUGGGUGAUGCAGAAAUAGUUCAUGCUGGGAAUAUCAGCAGUGAUGUUCAUAAAAGGCUGAGCGAUGGGACUCAGCAUGUGGAGAUUGACAGGACUUCAUCAAUUGUCUGCAGCAGUUCAGGGAGCAUGUGUGGGGAGGUGGGACAACAGCAGCUUGUUCCCGGUGAUGAUGGAGAUGAUUGCCCGGAAUCAUCACAGAGAGGAAUUUCUCAUUUGGAGAAUGAGUGCUUUAAAGGAAAGGCAACAGUGCAAAAUGGCAUGACAGAUGAGCUAGAGGCAAAUAUCACAAUUGGAGUGGUCCUCAAAGCUCAUGGGGGUGUGACUUCAGAUGCCGCUCAGAAACCUGCAUUAAGGCAAGUGUUCAUGAUGCCCAAAGUUUACUGUUUGUAAUGUUCCAUUGCUCUGUUUUCUUUAUACUGUCCUGUUUGGUGGUCUUGUGUUGUUAUGCUUGUGGUAGGUUGAGUCUGACAUUCACAGCAUGAGGUUUUGAAGAUAGUGUUGAUGACAGUGUGUAAUGGAACCUGCCAUGGAUUGGAGACCAGAUUUGCUGAUGGAGGAAAGAAAGCCUAACCUGCACUUGGGAGGGUAAGUUUGCUUGAGCUUAGGUUUUGUGCAUGGAUUGGUACAUACGAUAACAGCUGAAAGAAACAUGUAAUUCAUGUCUAUGAGCUUCGAUGACUUGGGUUCUUUGGGCAAAUUGGAAGAAAGUUGUUUUAUGGGGGGAUAUGGCAGAUGAUAGAAGCACCAGAACUGUAAAUUAUGUUCUUAUUUCUUUGGGUUUAAGUGUCUAUCAUGCCCGUGUGGGAUAACCAUCGGGGAGUUUGUUUUUAAGGAAUUCUGAACUCUAGGUUUAGAUGAGGAUAGGAGUCUUUUUUUAUUCAAGUUAAUUGGUUUCUUUUUCUUUUUGUUUUAGGUUUUUUUUUUAGUGUCACUUUGUAUACUUUUCCCCUUGUAAUAUAACAUAUUUAACUUUGGAUACUUUUGCAUGUUA